ACAGAGAGAAGUCAGUUCCUCCUCACCAAGUCUUGCUCUGUUUGUCUGCGUCGCUCAACUGGUGAACAAGUAUCUAAGCAGCUGCCUUCAACGUCUGUUGUGGCAUCCGAGUCCAAUAUUCCGCUAAUUGGGUAAUCAAAAGGUGCUCCAGAGAUCCAACCAACUAUCAGCCAUGUCCCGAGUCCUGGUCGGAGUAAAGCGCGUGAUCGACUAUGCCGUCAAGAUUCGCGUCAAGCCGGACAAAUCCGGGGUUGUUACGGAGGGCGUGAAGCACUCGAUGAACCCGUUCGAUGAAAUUGCCGUGGAGGAGGCGGUCAAGAUGAAGGAGAAGAAGCUGGCCUCGGAAGUGGUUGCCGUUUCGGUAGGUCCAGCUCAGGCGCAGGAGGUUCUGAGGACGGCGUUGGCGAUGGGUGCCGACCGCGGGAUUCACAUCGAGGUGACGGGCAAGGACUACGACCUGCUGCAGCCGAUUCACGUGUCGAAGAUUCUGGCCAAGCUGGCGCAGGACGAGAAGGCCGAUUUGGUGAUUUUGGGCAAGCAGGCGAUUGAUGACGAUUGCAAUCAGACGGCGCAGAUGACCGCGGCGCUCCUGGAUUGGCCCCAGGCUACGUACGCCUCGAAGGUUGAAAAGACCGCUGAUGGGUUGACGGUGGUGCGGGAGAUUGACGGGGGUUUGGAGACGAUCAAGACCACGGUUCCGGCGGUGAUUAGCGCCGAUUUGCGACUCAAUACGCCGCGUUACGCCACUCUGCCGAACAUCAUGAAGGCCAAGAAGAAGCCCAUCAAGAAGGUGGCGCCGAAGGAUCUCGGCGUGGACACGACACCACGCAUCGAGAUCGUGUCGGUUGAGGAUCCGCCGGUGCGCCAGGCCGGUUCCAUCCUGCCGGACGUGGACACCCUGCUGGGCAAGCUGCGCGACGGAGGACACAUCAAGUAGGCGACGAUGAAUUGCAAGUUUUUUUUUCUGUUCUGUUCGUGACAAAGUGCAUUUCUAUUAUUGGCAGAGUGAUGAGAGCGAGAGAGAUCGAAAUAUAAUUUCUAAAACAAAAAAUAAAAUCAAGAGUUUUGCACUUUAGAA